CUUUCACGACCGGUCCUGCUUGUGGUGACCUAAUCUCAGUGCAGUCUCUUCGGCGCCGCCAUCAGCUUUGGCCGGAGAUGGAAUCAGUGGAAGCGGUGGAGAAGAUUUUGAAUUACAGUUUCCAGAACAAGAGACUCCUAGAAGAAGCGAUAACGAUCACCCCUCCUAAAAGUAGUUUUCAGUCUCCUUUAUUCCAGCGGCUUGAGUUCCUCGGCGACUCUGUUCUUGGUCUCGCCUUCACAAACUACUUCCACCUCAAGUACCCUAACGAAAACGUCAAGGUUCUGCGUGAGCUUCGAGUCAUAAAUGUAUGUAACGAGAAAUUGGCUCGUGUCGCCGUCAAAUACGGCCUCUACCAAUUCCGUAUAUGCAAAGGUGUAAAACCUUCCUUCUGUGAAAGGGUGAAAGAGUUCUCAGAGGCUGUGGCCAAAGAAGAUGAUCCAGUUUCGUUUCAGGGAAACUAUGGUGGAGCUGUGAAAGCCCCGAAGUCUCUCGCUGACAUGGUGGAGUCCAUAGCUGGAGCUGUUUAUGUUGAUGUGAAUUUUGAUAUACAAAGACUCUGGGAGAUCUGCAGGGGUCUUUUCGAGCCAAUGUAUUCUCUGGAUGAUUUGCGGCAGCAACAUCAACCAAUUAUUAUGCUUACUCGUUUGGGUGAUGAACUCGGGAAGCGAGUCGACAUCAGGUGUUGUAAUGGUCCUUCCUCCAAUAACUUUACUGCUCAGGUAUUUCUUGAUGAUACAUGUAUAGCUUCUGGGCACUCUCAUGUUAAAUAUAUGGCAAAGCUGUUGGCUGCUAAGGAAGCGUUAAAGAAGUUGUCAGAAUGUAAGCCCACUGAUAAGGUGGUUGUUAUUGAGGAUAGUGUAGACGCUCAAGUUGAAGAUGCGAAACGGAAGUUGUCUGAGAUUUGCUCCACUGAUAAGCUUCAGAUAGAGUCGUCCUCUUUGCCCACCACCUCUGAGAAUCCUUUACUCUAUGAAAUGACACCAAAUCAGACAGUUACUGAUGAAGAUAGACGACAUGUGUCUGAGAUCUACUCCUCUAAAAAGCUCCAGAUGCAGACUGGAUUGUCUUCUUUGCCCACUGUGUCUGAGAACCCUUUAACCUCUGAAACGACACAAAAGCAAACGGUUGUUGAUAAGAAUAGUCUACUGGCUGAACCUGAAGAUGCAAAGAGGAAGUUGUUUGAGAUCUGCUCCACUGAAAAGCUCCAGAUACAGACUGGAUCAUCUUCUUUGCCCAGUGUCUCGGAGAGUCCUUUAUCCUCUGAAAUGACGCAAAAACAAAUGGUUGUUGAUAAGGAUAGUGUAGAGGUCGAUAAUGAAGACGCGAAAGAGAAGUUGUUAGAGAUUUGCUCUACUAGAAAGCUCCAAAUACAGACUGGAUCAUCAUCUUUGCCCACUGUCUCUGAGAACCCCUUAACCUAUGAAAUGACUCAGAAACAGAUAUCUAUUGAUGAGGAUAGUCUAGAGGUUGAACCUGAGCAUGCGAAAAGUAAGUUGCAUCAAAUUUGCAUGAAGAAAAAGUGGCCAAAGCCGAUUUACAGUUGUGAGGAAGGAGGAGGGACGCAAGAGAAGGGAUUUGUAUGUUCAGUUAAGAUUGAGAUCCCAGCUAUUGAAGGUACGUUUCACAUGAAGGGAGACGAAAAACCAAGGAAAAAAGAAGCAGAAAACUCCUCAGCCUACCACAUGAUAAGAGCCUUGAGAUCUUCCCUAAUGAGUCUUGUCAUAAGGAGUCUGGAAAUGCAGGAAACUUUAGAGGAGAAGAAGAAUCCGCAAACGCCGAGUUGUUCAGAGGAGAAGAAGAGGAAGAAGAAGAGAAAGCGAAGAGAGGUGAUUUAAACUUUUUGUUUUAAUCUUUUGGAAAUGUACCUUUUUGGGUAUAAAUGUUUGUUGUAAGUUGUAGUUUAUUUAACAUCAAUAUAUAUAUGUUUUUUAGAAAAAUAAAUGCAUUUCUUUACGUGUUUAAAAAAAUAAAAA